ACAGCCACAUUACCUACAGGACACCACUCAGAAGAGAGACACCUGCAAAUCUGUGCCAGAAUGAAAAUCGCAGACAUCAAAAGAUCUCAAGGCUGCUACAGCUGCAUUUGGAGACAGACAGGAUGUGGAUGACAAACGUCGUAGCUCUUUGUCUGCUGGCCCUCUUGGCCUCUGCAGAGGAAAAGAAGUUGAGCAGCCACGCCACCAUGCUGGCUGACAACAGCGCCAAUCUGGCCUUCAGUCUGUACCACAACAUGGCAAAGGACAAAGCCACAGAGAACAUCCUCAUCUCUCCUGUGGUGGUGGCCUCCUCUCUGGGCGUUGUGGCUCUCGGUGGAAAGGCCUCCACCGCCUCCCAGGUCAAAACCGUCCUCAGUGCUGACAAACUGAAGGAUGAGCAUCUGCACGCAGGCCUGUCCGAGCUGCUCUCUGAGGUGAGCGACCCCAAGACACGCAACACUACCUGGAAGAUCAACAACCGCCUGUACGGCCCCAGCUCCGUCUCCUUUGUUGAUGAUUUUGUGAAAAAAAGCAAGAAGCACUACAACUACGACCAUUCAAAAAUAAACUUCCGGGACAAGCGGAGCGCAGUGAACUCCAUCAACGAGUGGGCGGCAAAGUCCACAGAUGGCAAGCUCCCGGAGAUCACCAAGGAUGUGCAGAACCCAGACGGAGCCAUGAUUGUCAACGCUAUGCUCUUCAAGCCUCACUGGGAUGAGACAUUCAACGAUAAACUGGUUGACAACCGUGGUUUCCUGGUUACCCGCUCAUUCACCGUCGGAGUUCCCAUGAUGCAUCGUACAGGUCUGUAUGACUUCCACGAUGACAAGGAGAACCGGAUCUUUGUGCUGAACAUGCCUCUGGGCCAGAAGCAGGCCUCUAUGAUCAUCAUCAUGCCCCACUUCCUGGCGCCCCUGCACCACCUGGAGAAACUCCUGACCAGGAAGCAGGUGGACACCUGGAUCAGCAAGAUGGAAAACAAGGCCGUGGCCAUUUCCCUUCCCAAAAUUGCGUUGGAAGUCAGCCACAACCUGCAGAAACACCUGGCUGAGCUGGGCCUGACCGAGGCUGUGGACAAAUCAAAAGCGGACUUUUCCAACAUCUCCGGGAAGAAGGACCUCUACCUGUCUAACGUCUUCCACGCGUCGGCCCUGGAGCUGGACGUGAAGGGAAACCCGUUCGACACCAGCAUCUACGGCUCCGGCAAGCUGACAAACCCCAAACUUUUCUACGUAGAUCACCCCUUUAUCUUCCUGGUGAAGGACAACAAGACCAACUCCAUCCUGUACAUCGGCCGAGUGGUUAGACCGAAUGGAGACAAGAUUCGCGACGAGCUGUAAUGUUAGUGUUGUGAAUUAGGAUGGGUAGCUUUUGAUAAUUGUUAAAAACGAUGGCAGGAUACUGUGUGUGUUUUUUUUGGUAUGACUGUUACUUCAUGAGCACAUUCCAAUGAGCAAACUGUGGACUGGAGUACCUGAGCUGACUCUGUCAGGGCACACUUAACUCUCCCAGGGAACAAUUCUGUAUGACCUUUAGGCCUCAGCCUUAAGACCCCUUGCGUUGAAUUAUGCUCUCAAUUCCAAAUAUUUGCCUCAUUUAAGAUCUCCAUAAACAAAUGGCAGACAACGCGCUUAUAUUAAGUAAGUUUUCUUGACACCCUGUCUUUGUCUCUAUUGCUUCGGCUAUGAUCCAUGUGCGCUUUCUUUUGUCAUCUUUAAUGUUUAAAGAAAAAAAAAGAAGAUCUUUGCACAAACUCCUUCCCUUCAUGGACACAGUUUUUUUUAUUUUUGCCUCCAGUCUGCACUGAACUGUUCCCCUGCACGAGCUGAGUUCAUAGAGGAACACUGGCAACAGUCUGGUGCUUCAUUCAUGUUCGCUUGCCAACCACGUUGUGCCAUUUUGUCACUGUAUUCCACAAAGAAGCUGUUGGAUUUGUGUGUUACGUAAUAAUGUGUUGAUUUUUUUCAAUAAAUAAUAACAAAGAGGA